AAACAGAGAUAGAGAGAAAGAAAAACAAAUGCGAAAGAAAACACACCUGACUGGUGACAGCAAAAUAGAAACUAUCAGUACAGUUUCAGAAAGGAUUCUUCCUGUGGAUAUCACUACAAACUGCAGAGCAACUGUGAUAACAUGAACACUGAGAGGAUGGGAUUACAGCUGUACAAAGGGUCAGCAGACUGCAUGCUGGGGUUUGGAGGAGCACACUGACACCUGAACAGGGAAGAAAGUGGGCCAGCCAGCCUUUUGUUUUGUGUUGAUACAGGAGUGGUAUUGGCGCAUAUGAAUGUAGGAGAACAAUGUGGACAAACUGGUUGAGAGACAUCCUCUCUCUUGAAGUAUAAAGGAAGUCAUCCCUAGAAAUAUGCUUACUUCAUACCAGUGUGACCUCGUAAGGGAGUGUUUUUUUCACACCAAAGAGUUCUCUAUAAUAAGAUCUUUCCACGCUCUGAUGAGGUGAGGAUGACGCUGCAUUGUUAACACACCUGAAGAGGUCACAAACACACCUGUACUGUAGCGUCUCCACUGCAAUGAGAGAACUAUUGCAACACAGCAGCGGCCGGUGGUGUGAGGGGUUUCAUCUGAGACACUUCUUCACAACAUACAUGAGUGACAACAUACAAGCUGCUCAUGAAAAGGCACAUUUCCUAUAAUCCUUUUCAGCAUAAAGAUAGCAUGUCAUCCAACUCCACGGCCGAUAAUCUGUGUGCACCGGGUGACCAACUCUGUAUUGUAAGGGAGCAUUUGCAGGCAGUGAUCAUCGUCCCGACUCUGCUCCUCCUGCUAUCCCUGGUCAGCAUAGUGGCUGUGUGCUUCCUGAGGUAUUGUCCUGAAAGGAAGCGGCCACCGACCACUUCCUCUCCACGCUACCACAGCUCAACGUACCGACACCAACAGAGGCACAGCCACAGGAAUCACCUACAGGGCAUAGAUGCACCCCCGGGAAUUAACCCACUGGAACACGAAGAGCUGCCAAUGUCAGUUCAACAAGUGCAACAGAAUGUCAGGCCAACACUGGCUGCAGUACCCCCGACGUCCACAGAGAGGCGUAAUGGAGACUUCAGCCAGAUCACUGCCCUGCCACUGUCCUUCUCCGUCAAGUGCAACAACACAUACACCCUCUACAGAGCCCGCAAGGACAGCAGAGCUGCCAUCCUGAGGGUGCUAAAAGAGACAGCAAACGGCCGUGAGAAGCAGGAAUUUUUGGACUUUGCUGCCUUCGUGUCAGGACUGGGGCCUCACCCCUUCCUACCUGAGCUGCUGGGUGUAGUUUCAGUGCAGCCGCCUCUGAUGAUGGCUGUGGAGGAGCUGCAGCACAGAGACCUGUUGGGGUACCUGUGGAAAUGUCGACAACAGGGCAACUCGGGCUCAGAGUCUUCAUGUGAAAUGACAGAGAAGAGGAUCUUCACCAUGGCGGGACAGGUGGCGUCUGCCCUGGAGUACCUGCACAGUCAGCGCUGCAUCCAUGGCAACGUGGGAUCUCGCAGCGUCCUGGUUGGUGGAGAUCUGACAGCAAAGCUCUGGGGAUUUGGCUCGGCCUACCGCAGGAGAACACAGGCCGUUUCACCGGGGGAAGUCGGGGACAUUGAGAUGAGGAAGUGGCAGGCACCUGAAGUGCUGGGCGGGAAGGUUUUCAGUCAGAGCAGUGACGUAUGGUCCUUUGGUAUCCUGCUCUAUGAAAUGGUCACACUGGGUGACCCACCAUUUACUGAGUACAGGGCAGCAGAACUCUUGCAGUAUCUACAAAGGGGAAAGCAUCUCAAACGGCCGACCACCUGCUCCAACUCACUGUACUCCAUCAUAAGGAACUGCAGCCAUUGGCGCACCGAACAACGUCUGUCAAUGUCGGAGCUCAUUAGAACACUUCAGGCGGGAGAGAAAUCAGCCAAUGGGAGGAAAGUCCUCAAAGUGGCUCAACCACUGGAUAUCGAGAAGUACUUACGGGAGGCGGGAUAUGGAGAAGCGUAUAACUACACUGUGCUCUGAUUGGCUGAGACAGUAAUCAGUCAGGACUACAUUGGGGCGGUAUAGACAUGCAGGACUGCUGGAAAAAUGAAUAAUUAAAAAAACAAAAACAAAAACA